AGUUAUUGGCCAUUGUUCUGGGUUCUAGAAGGGGAUGUGCUGGGGAUAUGUCAGGCCCUCUGAUUAGACCGCCCCGCUUGGUUGCCUUUGAUUCCGGUUAUAGUUUAUAGUUCUGGCUAGCCCAUAUCCACAUCCACAUAGACUACCGCCUUUGAUAAUCUUUAUAGCCGUUGUUUUUUGGCCACAUGCAAAUUGGUCAGAAGGCGGAAGAGUUCACCAAUUGGUUAAUUGUGCGCUCAAUCGGAGCGAGUGCGUUCCGAGCAUAAGCGCUGUGUAAUCGCACAACCGCAGAGACAAUGGAACGAAACCCAAUGCGAUCGCGAUCGGAGAGCUAUGGAGAUAUGUAUAGCCAUGAUAUAUGGCCGCUGCCAAUGGCCAUGUUCAUAGGCAUGUGGUCGAGCUUUAAGGACAAGUUUCUAACGGACUGCACGCAUGGGAAAUGUGCAACCAGUUGUGGCAGUUGCAGUUGCACUUGGAGUGUUGCCGUUUGCCAUUGAACCACAUACCCAAAGAGCAAAACUGAAAUGAGAAGAAAAAAAAUACAGCUAAACUGGAAAUUCAUAAGUGGCCUGUGUGGGCCAUCCUGCCAGGUUGGCUUGGAAAAGUGAAAAUGCUUUCGAUUUCAUCGCGUCCAUUUCUUCGGGGGACAUUCAUUUGACAGCGGCCCAGGCGAUCGGAUCGGCGUGGAGACUCCAAUUAAUCGCAACCAUGAGGAUUACACAACUUUUAUGCAUCUCGUGCAUGGUUAUCACAUCGAUCGACGCUGUGGAAUAUCUAAUUCGCUUCGAGACGAAAAAGGCCAAGUGCUUGAAUCCACCCAGAACGGCCAGGAAAGUGGAGUCGGUCAUAAGGGAGUGCCAGGAUGAGGUUCGCAACAAGUUGGUUAAUGAGGCCUAUGAGAUACUCAAGGAGCAGGUGUCACACAAUCAGCCGCCCAUCGAUCCGAACGAUGACUCCAUCGACUUCAUUUGGCCUUCUGUGCCCGAGGCACCUUCCCUCGAUCAUUCCCCCAACAUCAGCCAGUACGAGUACAUAGUCUACGAUGAACCCGAACCACAACGCCAUGUGGCCAGAUUGAUGAGGAACAUCCGACGUCUGGAUGUGGCCAGUUCGGGUAUAUAUCAUCCCACUCUGGUGCCUCUGGAAGACAAACGCAUUGCGGGGUGCCUGCUGCACUGCGUCUAUGCCAAAAACAACGCCAUCGAUCAGAGGGGCUGGCCCACCUUGGACGGACUGGUCCACUUCUACUCCGAAGGAGUGCACGAGCACGGAUUCUUCAUGGCCACCUUGCGGUCCGUGAACCUCUGCCUCCGGACAAUGACCGCCCGGUACGGCGUUAAUCGCAAGGAGCUGCCCAAGAAAGGUGAAAGCUGCGAUCUGGCGUUCGAUGUCUUCGACUGUAUAUCGGACCAAAUUACCGGCUACUGUCUGGAUCAAUACAGCAGAUAUUAGUUAGUCACUCUGUCUAGUGUGCGUAGCAAUUAAAUGUUUAGUGCAAGUUCAA